AUGGAGUUUGUGAAGAAAUACGGAAGACAAUUAUCCAAUGACAUAUACCUCAAUGUUCAAAAUUCUGAACAUCCAUGGAAAGUGACAUUAGAGAAAUCGAACAAUAAUAAUAUAUUCUUAGAGAAAGGUUGGCAAAAUUUCAUGGAAUUUUAUAGCAUAAACUAUGGACAUUUCUUACUAUUUAGAUUUGAUGAAGGCUUAGUAGAACCACAAUUCCACGUUUUUAUAUUUGACAAGAGUGCUACGGAAAUAGACUAUCCUGUUCGAAACUCAUCAAGCUCUUUCGAUACGAAUUACGACUCCGAGCAUCUUGAGAGGAAUUAUGAAACAGAAGAAAAGAUUGAGAAGAAUGAUGUCUCGGUCGAAAUCAUGGAUGAAAUCAAACCAGAUAUCAAUGAUGUUGCAAGUAUUGUUAGUCUUGAUGAUACGUUAGAUUCUACUCAUUCAAGUACUGAUGAUGUAGCAAGUUCAAGCUUCAAAAGCGAAGAAUAUGAUUAUAUCUCUCCUGAUUUGAAAAAGAAACUUAAGAGAAAGCUUGAUGGCAUUACCUCACAGCAUCCUCACUUCAAACGAAUCAUAUAUCCCUCAAAUGUUCGUGACCAAAAAAAAUUGCGUGUUCCAUUGGAGCAUGUAUCAAAUUACUUUCCAAGAAAGUCAAAGGAGAUAAUCUUGAAAGGACCAAAUGGGAAGAGCCAUCAUGUGAGAUUUUAUAUUGGGAAAGCUUGUGAACUAAUUGGUGGAUGGAGAAGGUUUGCGUCCGAUAAUGAUUUAAUGAUUGGAGAUAUAUGUAUGUUUGAGCUCAUUAAUCCUUGCUCCUAUUCUUAUAAGGUUUCCAUAUUUCGUAGCUAG